UUCACAAUGUCUAGUCUAGCUGCUCUCCAUGCAUCGCCAUUUGCACAAGGCUUCAGCAACAAUGAACGUCAAGCGGCUGGAAGGGCAUUGUUUAGGCAUGACACGCACAUUGAUGGUGCUCAUUAUCACGCUAGGAAACUUGGUGGUCUUCACCCGGCAUAUGCUGCAUUCAAUCAGACCAAUGGUAAAGAGAGGACUCUCACUCAUGUUGAACUAGUUGAGGCUGCACUCCGGGAUCUUUUUGAUGCAGUAACCAUGCAAGACCAUAUCAAUGGCGGAAUCUCUCUCCUCAUUCGAUGCCCAGGCUCUGAAGUGUCUUCAACAACCUUGCCUGAGGAACUUGCUCUCGACCUCUACAUCACACCCCGUGAACUUCAAGAAACACCACAGUGCAUCGGUGGAGACGUCGCUACCUUA